AAUCAAAAGCUGACGCCGGCUGAGCAAACCUUGGCCGGGGUCAAAAGUUCGAGCGCUGAUAGCAGGCCGGCGCGAUAACCACCAUUUCGUUUCUUCGCGGAUUCAAGAUGCGCUCGUCCUGCCUGCUGCUUCUGCUGGCCAUUGCCGUCCAUCGCCUGGAUGCCGUACCAGCACAGAACAAGCCUGUAUCGAAUGAAGAUAUCCGAGAUGCAAUUCUUUCCUUGGUGCACACCAUGCGCGGCUUGGAGGAUAAAUUGGAUCGGCAUGAGUACCGCGAGCGUACGCUGGGAAACGAAUUAAAAGGAACUUCACAAUGUUGGAGCGUCGUGUCAAACACUGCUUCAAUCGAAAGCUUCGAACGUACCAAGAAGCAACUAUCAAGUAGCGAGAUGCUUCUGCAGCAGUACGAACACAAAUUGACCGAAUUCAAUGACAAAAUCCACACGGAAAUCGUCCCGAUUGAUUACAAAGACGGAAAUGGUGUUGGGAAAGCAGUGGAAGAAAAUAAAAUGCUUAACCAAGUGCUGCGUGAAGUUGGCACCUUGGAACAGAAAAUUACCCAGUUGCCUUCACGUGGUGACCUGCUGAACUUCCAGAAUCAAACCACGCAGAAUUUCGACGAGUUGCACGAUAUUGCCGCUGGACAAAACGAGCACGUUACCUCCACAUUCGAGGAAAAACUCAAAGAAUUUGUCGCUCAGUUGGAUAGGCGUCAUGACGACAUGUUGAAUUCCAUCAAUGAGCUAAGUGAAGUGACUGAGAAUCUGACACAUAGCGUGGCCACUGGUUAUGAUGAUCUGAAGAAGGACGUCAGCGCUCUUCCAAAGAUUGAAGAAAUUCUUGUGGAAACAGCACAAGGCUUGUUGGAUACAAAGCGCCGCGUCGAAUAUGGUGUACAUGAGAUCAAACUGGAGGUGGGCCACUUGAUCAAAGAACACGGAGAUAAAAUGAAUACAACUAUUCAUGACAGAUUCGAUACCUUCGAGUUGAACAUCCUGGACAGUGAAACAGGUGCGCUUGCUAAUCUUACAUCAAAGAUUGGAAAGGACAUUGAUCAGGUAUGGCGACAGAUUGGCAUCAUGCAUCAACAGAUGAGUGCUUCAACUGAUACUUUGAACAAACUCCAGAAUCAGACUGAUUCGUAUGUUAAUGGAUCCCUUGGAGUGAUGGACAGCAUGAAGAGCAAGGUGGGUCUCAUCACAACUAGAAUGAGUGAAGUUGAUGAAAACUUGAAUUAUCUCAUGGGUCGCCUCUCACUGGUGACCCAGGAGUUCAACAACAUCAAAGGCGGGCUGGGCAAGGCGCUGGAAGAGAUUCGGUCGAGUUUCAUGGCGGUGAAGGACCGCAUCAAGGAUGUGAACCCGAAGGGUGACGGCCCGCACCAGAUUCCCGCGAGCAGCGAGGAUACUGGUGUUGUUUAGAGGCUAGAUGCCGGAAGCGCAUGCGUUAUUUAGACUUAGAUAUACAAAUAGAGAGAGAGACAUAAUACUAAAACCAAAUCAAAGCAAGCAUAGAUUUUUCUGUUUGGAAGUAAGCAUAGCAUAAUGGAUAUAACGACGAUUAGUAAUUAUUUAAUAUUUAUUUAUGCAAAUUAUGCGCCUAGGUACAAUAUAGAUGCGAAUUGGGCUGCA